CUUACAUGAGAUUAGACCCAUUUUCCUAACACAUGGAGCGAUACCUUCUGAUCACGAGGCCUCUUCAGAAUCAGUAGCUGGAAACGUUGCAACCCAAGAAAAGGAAGUGCUGUUUGAGGAGAAGAAAGAACCGCAACAGCCAGUAGAAACUGAAGAGAAAGAAGAAAUUAAGCUGGAGACUGAGAAGUCCAGGAACAAGAAUGCAUGAAUAGUGAGGACAUAACAACUGACAUGCCUCCUGAGACUGCGAAGGAGAGGGUUCUCGUUGAGACAGAUGCUUAUUCAGAACCAAAUAUAGAGAAAGAUUUGUUACCUGCACCUCCUGCUGGAAGCCAGAUGCCUAAUGAUGAGCAUGACUUAGCUAAGAUUGGAGGGGAAAACAAGCUAAUUGAAGAGUACAAGAAAUUGAGGGAGAUGAUGGAGAAACUCAUGGAAGCUGGAAAAGAUCAACUUACAGUUAUAUCCAACCUAACUGGAAGACUGAAAGAGCUGGAGGAAAAGGUGUCAAGGAACAAAAAGUUGAGCAAACCACGGUACAGAAAAGCAAGAUAUGCACCGUCUUAUUCCAUGCAUGUGAGAGCCCGAGGGAGGGCCGCUGAAGUUGCAAUGUGAGACCUUUGGACUUGUCCUCUCCAUAAAUCUGAUAUC